UCUCACGAUCCAAAUUUCCAAACCCUCGCCCCCAAAAUACCAUGCCGCCGCCGCCGGUACCAUGGCUGCCAGACAGCCUCCUCGAGGAGGUCUUCCUCCGCCUGCCGCCAGAUGAGCCGGCGUGCCUCGUGCGCGCCUCCCUCGCCAAUAAGCUCUGGCUUGGCCUCCUCUCCGGCGCUCGAUUCCGCAGCCGCUACUGUGAGUUCCAUGGAGAUGCACCCAUGCUGGGAUUCCUUUAUAACACGCUGUCAGACUCUGGCUCGGCGCAGGAAGAUGACGUCCCACUCUUCUUCUCCACCACGAAAUUCGGCGCGCGCAUUCCCUUCAACCACUGGAAGGACUACACGGCGUGUGACUGUCGUCAUGGCCGUGCCCUCCUUUGUGAUGAGUAUGCGGGACACGAGGAGCUCGUCGUUUGGGACCCCGUGACGGGCUGCCGGACGGACCUGGACGCGCCCUACGAUGUGUUCGACAGCUAUGGGGCGGCGGUGCUCUGCGCCGUGAGCGGUUGUGACCAUCGAGCGUGUCACGAGGGCCCCUUCCAGGUGGCCUUCGUCGGCACGAAAGAUACUGAAGUUGGUUGUGUUAUACACUCGUUCGUGAGUAAUCCGUCGUCUUAUUCUCAUAGGAGUAAUUGUGAUGAGGAUGAGUGGGUCGAGACAUGCAAUCUUGAACUUGCAGGUCAGCAUGGAUGCAUUGUGCUAAUGCGCCCUGUCCUCGUCAACGGCGUACUCUACUUCAUGUUUUUCCUUAGUGGUGAAGAUGACAUAGCCAUUCUGUGCUACGACUUGGGCUCUCAAGCCUUAUCACUGAUUCAUCUACCGGACUUAGGCUCUAACGGCCUAUCACUGAGUGACGGCUCCUCUAUGCUCAUAGAGAAUGUGGAUGGCAGUCUGGGUUUUGCAUAUAUGCACAGGUUAAUCCUAUACCUGUGGUCAAGGCAAAUGAGUUCCGUCGGAGCUGCAUCAUGGACUCAACAUAGAGUCAUCGAUCUCAAGGAAAGUCUCCCCAUUCAAAACCCCGAGGAAGGACCUGACUUGAUGGGAUCUGUGGAGGGCAGGGACAUCAUUUUCGUGACCACAGACCUUGGUAUCUACCAGAUCAAUCUCAACACACUAAGAUGGAAGAAGAUAUGGAAGAGAGAAGAAUUCCCUACUCUGAUUCCGUACAUGAGUUUCUACAACCCACGAGAAAAGGUGAGCCCCAGUGAUGCGAUUCAUUGAUAAUGCAUGGUCGAAUAUGCUUAAGGGUAGGAUAACCAACUUGGAGGUGACUGGCGAUGAAUUAUGUCACUGUUCAGUAGAUGAUUUGGUGCAGUGGUGCUUGUUUUCUCAUUAUGUUUUUGGGUUUUGUCGGCAAACUUUAUUUGAAGAUUUUGAGACACCAUUGAAUGUAAUUCCUGUACUUGAAGACAUGGUAUUUAUUUUGUUUGGAAAACAUUGAAGUUCAUAGGCAAAACUCACUCCAUUGGUAAAUCCUUACAAUGAGUAGCACUGAACUGAAACUAUUCUGCCGAAAAAAGAGAGGAGAUGAUUUAAAAAAAAAAAAUUGAACCAUGUGCACGUACAUCUAUUAUAACGAGUAUUGUAACAGCCCUGGGUUUUCCUCUUAUUAAAAAUUGAUUGCAGAGGGGGAUUCACCCUUCUCUAAAGUUUAUCAUUUUAAAAACUCCACAGUUUGCUCUUCCAGCUCUGAUCCAUUCUUUAAAUUCAUCUCGUACCAUUGCUGAGCAGAUGAUGAAAGUAUAUCUAGAGUUAGUGGUUUUGUCAUCCAAGAAUUGAUAUAAUGAUGAUUUCUGCAUGAUGGCCUGCUGAUGUAUCCUAAUUAAUCUUGUGGGUUUAAUUAGUGGUACCUGUCACCCUAAAAAAGGUUAGUGCUGAUGUUACUGUAGUUGUUGUUUUAGCAAGCAAUGUUACUGAAGAGCAUAGCAUGGAAACUGAAUCUUUAGCCAUAUGUUUAGCGAAGUACAGGAUAUGCAAACUACAUGUCUGCUUGAUGAUCUCAUAUUCUCAUACAUGUUUUCAUUGCUUCAGCAGGUCCAGAAAACUGCCAGGUACUUGUUGAAUACUUUUGGCCUACAGUGGACAUAAUAGUAGAUUGCAAUGUCCAUGUAGUGGGAUGGAAAUAUUCAUAUGUUACAAUGCAGUGAUCUGCAAUUCAGCGUCGGAGGCAGGUGCCACUGGGCAGCAAGAUCAACUGCGAAGAGCAACAAUGGAUGUUGAUGAUCAAUUGCCAUGAACAUUGCAGGUUUAAGUUUUUUACAGAGGCCUCUCUGAAUCAACAACAUGAUUAUGGCAAGCUGUCUUGCUGUCAGCUCUCCUCUUAAUGCACUAGUUCUCUUCAGUUGUCCAUUGUGAUUAGCUGACUUGAACAUAAUUUUGCUAGAGACUUUGGAAAAGGCUGUCUAUUAACCCCUCUGCAUGCUGUACUAGUUCACUUCGGCUCAGGGCUAUGCAGUGCCCAAUG